CACACAUCGCCCCUCUCUGCCCAGCGCCAGGCACCGCUCUCCCGCGGCCUCCGAUCUCUCCCUUUUCCCUGCGAGGGACCAGGAAGGAGGCUGUGGGGCUCCGCUCCGUAUCCCUCCGCCGGGGUCACCCCCUCCCCUCAGUGGCAGCAGGAACUAAUUCCCCUUCGGGUCACCCAGGACCUGGACCGCGAAAUUUCACCCACAAGCGUUCCUCGGGAGCCUUGGAAGGCGAAACUAUCUCUCUGAAUUACAACCCCCUCCCCGACAGCGCAAAAGCAGGGUUCGGUGUUAACUAGGGCUUUGACCCCCUGACCCCACCGAACCCCGCCCCUUCCUGGUUGUCUUAGCGACGGCGGUGGCGUCCCAAGAUGGCGUCGUGGCUGCCGGAGACUCUGUACGAAACUGUAGGACAAGGCCCGGCGCCCAGCAAAGACUACUACCAGUUACUGGUCACCCACUCACAGAUAAUCUUUAGAUGGUGGAAGAUCUCUCUGAGGAGUGAGUAUCGAUCAGCAAGACCUGGAGAAGCAAAAGACACUCAUGAAGACUUCCUAGAUAAUUCACAUCUUCAGGUUCAAGUUGCCUUAAUAUUUGGUAGAAGAACAUUAGAAUAUGUCUUCAGUUUGUGCAAAGGUGAAAUCGACUUCCUGGAGCGGCUCUCAGACCACCUGCUCCUGAGCAUCAUUUCUUACCUGGAUCUUGAAGACAUUGCCAGGCUUUCUCAAACUUCCUGCAGAUUUGCAAAGCUGUGCAAGUCUGACAUCCUGUGGGAGCAGAUAGUUCAGUCGGCCUGUGACACCAUCACUCCUGACAUGAGGGCCCUGGCGGAGGACAUGGGCUGGAGACAGAUGUUCUUCACCAACAAGCUCCAGCUGCAGCGGCAGCUCCGCAAGAGGAAGCAAAGACAGGGAAGCCAGCGAUAGACUCUACUUUAGGGACACCUUUUCCUACCCACUGGGAGCUGAGGCAUGGCUCUUCUUCCCUUCAGGGUCCGAAUCUCUUGUUGCUUAAAAAAAAUGAAAAUAAUUCUGGAGUCAUCUGGACAGCCUAGGGGGUUUGCGCACAAAUGCAGCAGAACUGAGUCACCAGUGCCUUUCUUGAGCCACCAUCACUGUCAACCUCAGAUGUCAAAGCUUGGGCCUAGAACACGGGCGGAAAGACAGGAAGCCUCUCAGUUCAUUGUCUUCCCAAUACCCCUCACCCUGAACCCAUAAAAGCUUCUGCUGUGUAUAUAAAUAAAUGAUUAUAGAUAUCUAUUUUAUCUAAGCAUUUGAAA